UUGACUUUCUCACAGCUCCAGCGGCAGGGAAACACACCCGUCAGCAGCGCGCAUUGGAGACGGGAAAAAAGGCGGAUCACGGACAAAGGGAAUAUGGGUGCACUGGAAAGGAUUCACCUCAGCCGGGUAAAGCAAUGGAUGAGCCGCUUCUAUUCCAUUUACCGGGAGACCAAUUAGCGCACCUUAAUGAGGUGCUGGGAUGCAAGAUACUGCAAGCUAAAAAGGCGGAAGGCUGCGUUUAAUCCGUCUGCGGAUCUUGUGAGCUUGCAAUGGCUGUUGCGGGGAUAUGCAACUGGAUAGGGAGUAAUGUGCCUUUUUAUUUUGUGCUAUUUUCCUUAUUUUGUGGCCUUUCGUUUGGACAGUUGCGAUAUUCUAUUACAGAAGAACUAGAAAAUGGGGCACUGGUCGGUGAUCUGGCGCACGAUCUGGGGCUGGAUAUCAGAAAGCUCAACUCUCGAAAAAUCAAGUUAACCUCCAACAGCGGUAAACGCUACGUGAUUGUCAACUCGAAAAAUGGGAAAUUACUCGUCAAUGAAAGGAUCGAUAGAGAAUUGCUGUGUGAUCAAUCCAGCACCUGCCUUAUUAAUCUGGAGGUGCUGGUCGAAAAUCCCACUGAGAUACACCACGUCGAGGUGGAGAUUGUGGAUACUAACGACAAUGCGCCGCAGUUCCCCAGAGACGAGUAUCAAUUAGAAAUCACAGAAUCUGCUCUGCCUGGAUCUCGAUACCCAAUUGAAAACGCUGAAGAUCCAGACAUUGGGUCAAAUUCAGUCCGUAUGUAUCAGCUUAGCACAAACGACCAUUUCGCACUGGCAUCAAACAAACCAUCACUGAACACAAAGCACAUCGAGCUUGUGCUCAAAAAGCCCCUUGAUCGCGAGCUGACGCCUUACCACCAAUUAAUUUUAAGUGCUGUGGAUGGUGGGACACCGGAGAAAACAGGAACGGCUAAAAUCAACGUCCGAGUCCUGGACUCAAAUGACAAUGUUCCUUUGUUUGACAGCUCAGUGUAUAAGGUGAAAUUGUUGGAAAACUCGCCCAAAGACACCCUGGUGAUUAAACUGAAUGCAACCGACCUGGAUGAGGGAACAAAUGGUGAGGUAUAUUACUCUUUCAGCAGCUACACUCCAGAGAGAGUUAGGCAGAUGUUUAGCAUGGACACAAAUAGUGGAGAAAUAAGAGUGAAGAGUAAUGUUGACUAUGAAGAGACCAACUCCUAUGAGAUGUACAUACAGGCGAUGGAUAAGGGCCCUGGGGCUGUGGCAGCACACUGUAAGGUGGUGGUAGAGGUGGUGGAUGUGAAUGACAACGUCCCUCAGAUAGUUUUGUCAUCUCUGUCAAGCCCUGUAAGGGAGGACGCCCGUGCAGACACAGUUGUGGCCCUCAUUAGUGUUACGGAUCGAGACUCUGGCGCUAACAAGCAUGUGAGCUUAGACAUCCCAGCAGGCCUUCCAUUCAAGAUCAAGUCAUUCAGAAACUACUACACCCUGGUUACCUCAGCCUUCCUGGACCGUGAGACCACUGAUGCCUACAAUGUCACUCUGAGUGCCACAGAUGGAGGAAAUCCUCCCCUGUCUUCCCAGAAGACCAUACAGGUGGACGUGGCUGACGUUAAUGACAACCCACCACGCUUUGAACAGACUUCAUAUACAGUCUAUGUGACUGAGAACAAUGGCCCUGGGGCCUCUUUGUGUACUGUGAAAGCUCAGGAUGCAGACAUCAAAGAGAAUGCACGCAUCACCUACACAGUGCUAAAUGACAACAACCACGGCAUUCCUGUCACCUCAUAUGUGUCUGUGAAGGCCGAUACAGGAGAGGCUUAUGCCCUGCGAGCCUUUGACUAUGAGUCACUGAGAGAGUUUCAUUUCCAGGUCAAAGCCCAGGAUGGGGGCAUUCCUCCUCUCAGCCGAGUCGCCACUGUCUAUAUCUACAUAGUGGACCAGAAUGACCAUGCUCCUCUGAUAGUAAACCCUCCCGGCAAUGGGACCCGCUCUUUGGAGACAGUACAAAAGAACGCAGAGCCUGGUGCCUUGGUGACCAAAGUGGUGGCGUAUGAUGCAGAUGCUGGUCCAAAUGCUUGGCUGGUCUAUGUACUAGAAACUGCCACUGACUUGGACUUGUUCAAAGUCCACGAACACACAGGAGAGAUCAGGACCACUCGAAGGAUCCUGGAGGACAACUCCACAUCAUUUUCUCUAAGUGUUGUUGUGAAAGACCACGGUCAGCCUGCACUCUCCUCUACCGCCACCAUCAAUGUGGCUGUCAUGGAGGUGCCACCAAAAGUGACUCCUGACCCCAAGAGGACCAUGCGACCUCACAGCACACUGCUGUUCUCUAACGUGACUCUCUAUUUGAUUGUGGCUUUGAGCGCAACAACCUUUGUUUUCUUGGUCACUGUAGUGGUGUUGGCCAUCGUCCGCUGUCACGCUUACUGCACCCAGCCUGGGUCCUGUUCCCCUUGCUGCGUGUCACAGAAACCCCCUCCAGAUGGUGGGAGUGCCAGCGUCAGUGCUGGUGGGGCAGGUGGUGGUGGACCCGCUGGACAGCCUAAUAACAAUGUGGUCCUUCGGAGAGACCUUAAAGUGGAGCCUCAUUACAUUGAAGUGCGUGGAAAUGGCUCCCUAACAAAGACCUACUGCUACAAGACCUGCUUGACAGCCACCUCUGGCAGCGACACUUUCAUGUUCUACAACACAGGACGGCCCAUCAGUGGUACCUGGGGCAGCGGUGCUGAUCGCUUCUUCACCAGUGGAAGUGGAUUUGUGCGAAGACUGAGCAUGCCCGAUGCCUCACUGCAAAUCUGCCCAGAGCCAAAAGCCCCGAAUGCUGACUGGCGGUAUUCUGCAUCUUUGAGGGCAGGGGUGCAGAGUUCUGUCACCAUGGAGGAGGCCUCGGUGAUGCAGGGAGCCCAGGGGAUGCUGGUCCAGAACUGGCCUACUGUAUCCAGUGCUGCAGAUGGAGAAGGUGGUGGAGAACUAUCCCCCCCAGUGGGUGCUGGAGUCAACAGCAACAGCUGGCACUUCAGAUACGGCGCUGCACAAGGAUACGGCCCUCCUCAGCCCCUGAAGCCUGGCGAGAUUCCCCCAGAAGCCUUCAUCAUUCCUGGAUCUCCAGCCAUCAUUUCUAUCCGCCACGACCCAGGCCCUGUGGAUGACAAAGGUGACUUCAUAAGCUUCGGCAAGAAGGAGGAGGCCAAGAAGAAGAAAAAGAAGAAGAAAGACAAGAAGGACAAGAAGGAUAAAGGAAAGGAUGACGGCGAUGACUAAAGGAGAAGGGUGGCUUGAAAGCAGAGCUACCAACAAACUAUCGUCCCAAUUUCAGAGCCAGAAAAAUAAGCCAAAUGCAUAUUGUACAACCAAGGGAGCCUCCUUGCACCAUAUUUGCAUAGACAUUGUACAGUGGCCAAAUCCUCAUUCAAUCAGGUCUGGCUCUCACAACCAUGCCAACUACAAAUGUUCUUUAGCUAAAGGCUGGACCAAAUUAAAACCAAAAUGAAUUUAUUCGCUUAGAUUAGCCUUUCUGUGAUCUGCUGUCCAACUUCCUAAACACCCCCACCCUCCCCCCACCCCAAUUUGUAAAAAGAAAAAACAACAAAAAGCACCCGAAAAGGUGUAACAUUUGUAUCUGACCAUUGUCAGCUUAGGCUGCCGGUGUUGACAUCUCUGGCAGUCUGUAUUUUUUUUUUUUUUUUGCCAAGUCAAAGUGAAGUGAAAGCCAAACUAAAAAAAAAAAAACAACAAUUAAAUAAAUAAAGCAAAAUAAAAACAAAAAAACAAGAGGCUUUUGUCUUCAGCAUUAUGGAGAGCUGGUAGGAAUUCAAAUAAUCUGGCCUUUUGUAUAAAAAACAAUGAAAAAAAAGAAAGUAUAGCAAAAGUAACAACAUAUAUAAUAUGCAUACAAUAAGAUAAGCACCUUUAAGAGAAUAAGGUGGCUGAGAAGAGCUGGACCACACUCGGAUAAAGAGCUCUGUUUCAGUGUAACAUAGCACAUUACAGAAGUUGAGGACCUGCACUGGGUUGCACCAACUAUGCGCAAUUGUUCCCAGGUUAGUUUAUAAAGUAGUGACUUCAUAAAUGCUAGUUCAUUUGUAAUUAGCAAGUUCUUAAAAUUGAUUGUACAGUGGAUAAUAUAGGUGAUUUUUAAGGAUGUAUCUAUGAAGAGAGAAGAUGAGGAGCUCACUAGCAAUAGAAAUAAUAAGUUGCUGAGGGGUGCAAAACACAUGGAUUUGUAAGUGAAAAGAUAGUUGUAAAAAAUAUGAGUGAUAAAUCGGGUGAAUAUUUGUCUUCAAUGGGACAAUAGUAUGCUUUACAUGUUUAGGUCCAUUUUCUUCAAAUUACUGAUUGCUAACCAUUUUUUUAAACAAAACAUUAGGAGAUUUUUGUUCUUUAUGCUUACAUUUUUGUUUACUGUUAUUCUUAAAUAAAUAUACCAAAAAUAAAUAAAAAAAAUAAAUUGGCUAACUUUAGAAACUCAUAAAAAGGCAACACAGCACCUUUUUUAAAGUCUUUUUGAAAUAUGAUUUUUAUCAUCAGUUGAAACCAUUUCAAACAUGUGUCAGCAAGUUAAUUUGCAUACAUCAUGAAACCACAUGACAACCAGAUUUAGCCUGAUGGAAAGACACAUUGACAAAAAAAAGUAUAACCAGUUGGCAGUAUUCUAUAAUGUGUAGAAAAUGGACGAAAACAUGACUAACAUAUUAUGGCCUUUCAAACUGCAAAAUGGCAAAGAAUUGCAAAGAAAAAAAAAUCAUAUGCUGUGUGCAAAAAAAGAAAGAAAAUCAUGUGUUUACUGUUAGUGAGUGCAGUUGUGUGACUUGUAUCAUUUGCACCUGCUUUAUUGCUUGCUUAAUUAUUUAGUUGUUGCAUAAGGUUAUAUUAUAACAGAUUUUGUGGUGGUAUCGCUUGUAAUUUAGCGUGAAUUGGGACUAGUGGCUACUUUGGAUAUAACUAGGGAACCUAUGUGCAGCUGAUGCAACCGGCCCCUGACCUUGCUUCUUGAAAUAUGAUCUUAAUCUCACUGUGUAUCAGCACACCUAGUCUGACGCACACAUUACUGUACAGAAAUGCUAACUCUCUGCCUCCUACUCAUGUGAAAACAAGCAAACACUCACAUACACACACAGUUUCUUCCUCUCUUACAAUAUACAGUACAAAGUAACACACAGAAACUGAAACUAAAAAUACACAUUUCUAUCUGGAAACUCCACAACCUGAAGCCAGCACCAUGCUUAAUAUGGGAGUGUAUUAUAUGGCUGAGGCACAGGAACGUUGCUUGUCGCUUCAUUUCUGUUUAAGCCUGAUCCCUUCUCUUCUGUCUUUGAAUGUUAAGUAGAUGUUCUUCAAGCCCUGCACCACUGCCUCGACUGCUUCAGUGCUUGUAGGAUUUGCUUGCCCGCUGCCUGUUUCCUCCCUCUACUCCCGUUUCCUCAGAUCAACAUAGUUGGAAGACAUUUUUAAAGUUACUCUCCUUCAGUGAACUGUGCAGUUAACAGUGAUAUUUGUGUAUAUCCAUAUUUACACACAGAAUGCACACACAAAGACAGAAUAACACUACAUGCACCACACCCACAUAUAAAAUUUUUGUUAGGUUCAACUUCAGCUUAGACUGCGCUUAGACAUUUCUCCCCUGACUGCUCAUUGUUGACAGCUCUUGCAUGGGUUGUACGCUUGGCAUUGUGUGGACGCCUCACAGGUUAGCAAACACUCAGAUUAUGCUGUUCAGAUAAGAUGGUGUAGCACAUAGAAGUCAGAGAAUAGCAUUCAUGUUGAUGAAUUGUGUUGGUACAGUGCAGAAGAAAUAGAGACUGUUCGGCAAGCCAGUCCUCUUUUGUGUGAGAAGAGAUAUUUGGUUUUCUUUCCUGUGUCUGCCAUUAAUAAGAACUAAUCAACUUUUGGUGGAGUAGAGCCACUUACAAACUAGGUGAAGCGCAAUGUGUCAGCAGCGGAAAGAGGUCAUGUUUGAAUUCACAGAGGGAAGAAACCUUCUACUAGUAAAGUGGGGUGAAUUUUACAACGAUGCAAUAGUUAGAGGUGACAAAGAUCAACAAUCACACCUGGCAAUACUUUAAAAUUAGAAAUGUUUUGCUAUAUUGCAACUCAGUAACAUCUAGAGCAAAAUUGCUAAGAAGUGCCGAAGUUGGACGGUGAUCUAAAAGUGAACUGUAUUUAGCCGGACAUUUCAAAACACAAGCGUAUUGCAAGCUGUAGGUAAUAGAACAGUCUCAACGUGAUACAAAAAACUGUAAAAAAAAUUUCACCUCAGUGUUCCUUUCUUUAGACCAUUGUAUUGCCAAUCAGCGAUGCGGUAUAUAGUUGCUGCUAACCAGCUCAAUCCCUCCCAUGUACACAAUUCCUCCCCCCUGCCCCUUUCUGCAGGUGUACUUCUGUGCUGUCAGAUCACCAAGUGGCUGUUUGCAUGAUAUAAGCAAAGGAAACAGAUUCUAUAUAGAUACUAUAUAUACAUAGAUAUGUUUUUUUUUUUUUCCACUGGGAAAUGUGUAUUGGAAUCCAUAUACCUCUAAUAGACAUUCCCGAGAAUAUAAACACACAUAAUAAAAAGGGCCACACUCGUCCAGACAUGCACACAUACCUACAGAUACACUAUUCUGAACAGUAAAUUGUGGAAAAACCUGAAAGUAUCACAUUUUUUAUCCAGUUGAAAAUGACUUUAAUCUUCUAGAUAUACAUAAUGCUAUUGUCUCAUGCUAUAAAAUGCCUUUUUUCUGUUUCUACCCAUAUGAUUUCCAUAGAUAAGAGAAUCAAUCCUUAAAUUUAUGUUGAGCUUCAAAAUGAUCAGACACUAUUGUGAAUAGAGUCAUUUACUCACCCUCCAUAUCUGUUAAUUGCUCUGCAGAAAAAAGGCAGAAAAAAAAAAAAAAACAUAAAAUGGAAUAAAAAAAAAAAAAAAAGAUAAAAUUGAUGUAUUCUCUGCUUGUGUAUAGUGAAUGUUCCGCAGUCGCUGGGGUGCGGCAGCAGUGAAAGGUGCAGACCAGUCGACUGUGGCCGUGCAGAUUUGUUCAUAACUUUUUUGUACACCUGCUUAUCAUUGUCAAGGUGUUAAUAGUGAUUCUUAUGAUUUCAUCAACCUGGUAUCUGUGUUUUGUUAAGAAGUCACAAAUAAAGCUUUUUUUUCUUAAAUAUC